AUGGAGAAGGAUAAUAUCGAGACGCAAAACUUGACCACCGAGCGCUCACAAUCGACGAUACCAUCUUCGAGUGUUUCGGACUUCGCUUCAGCUAUCAACGACAGCUCCCACGGUACCCUAUUAGCAACUCGUGCAGUAAAGUUACCACCCUUCUGGAAGGACAAUUGUGCGUUGUGGUUCGUGCAAGUGGAGGCUGCGCUCGAAAUAGCGCAAAUACGAAGCGACAUAUCGCAGUAUCGAUACGUGCUGGUGCAUCUGGACGAGACUACUCUACCGUUCGUCGCAGACAUAAUUACAUCGCCACCCGUUGACGGUAAGUUCUUGGCGCUGAAGACGCGAUUACUCAAUACAUUUGAAGAGAGUGGGGAAAGUAAACUGCGACGUUUGCUUCACAAUACCGAGUUCACUGAUGGGAAGCCAUCUCACUACCUCCUCCGGCUCAAAAGUUUGGCCGCUGGUAUGGUGACCGAAAACAUCCUGCGUACGAUCUUUCUUGAACAAAUGCCGCAGAACGUUCGCAGUAUUUUGGCCGUUAACGACACUAGCGGCCUGGAUCACCUCGCCGUGCAGGCAGACAAAAUUUUUGAGGUACAAAAUAGAAUAAUGUUUGUGUCCGCAAAAACCGUCAACGAUGCCGUAACAGGCACCGAAUCUCCAAAAACGCCUUCAUUCGGUAUGGACGAAUUAUCUGCUCAGCUACAAGCGCUUACCACGGCAGUUAAUAAAAACAAUAACGAUAGGGCAAAAGAGGUUACGAAAGACGUCUGCUAUUAUCACACACGGUUCGGCGCACAAGCAAAGAAGUGCCGACAGCCUUGCAGUUUCCGAAAAAACACGAAUUUAAACUAA